UUUGACUUGGCCUGUAUAUGUAUUGUUUUGGCUCAAUAAAAUGAAUUUAAAUUUUGAUAUAUUUUUUUUCAGGAAGUUGGAAGUUGAAAGUUACAACAAUCCAAACAACCAGAGAGGAAGGUAGCAGGAAUACGUCAGCUUUCUCCAAGUAAAUUGAACUUCACUCCUUUGAAUUCACUUCAAGUUAAAUCCGUUGAAUUAAAUGUGUUAUCAAUUACAAAAUGACACAGACAAAUCUAUUAUGCCUAUCAUGGCAUUUUUACCCCCAAUUACUAACUUCCCAUAUUCAAUGGUCACUGUAGGAAAAAUCUAGUAACCUUAGUAAAUUUAGUGUAUAUGUUCGGAAAGUUCCUUUGCUUUACUCAAGAAACUAUUUCGCCCUCGCCUAAGGCUCCUAUGUAAAUGUUCAUUUUGGUACAGCAAUUGUCACUUUGCACUAGUUGCACAAACCAAAUCAAAUCAAAUUCAUUCGCUCGAAAUUCAUACGAAAUAUUCACAAAAGUAUAGAACUACAAGUUACAAGAACAAGAUUCAAAUAGCUAUUGCAUAAGCGCACUCACUAUUUCAAUAUACCAUUGAAGUUUGGGAUACUGAAUAUUAUAUGAUGUACAUUUAAAGAAAUCAUUUAUUCCACAAAAAAAAUGGAAGAGCAGCAUAAGGAAGGACACAAUAGUCCAAGCAGGAAAGUCUUUCUUAAAUUUAAGGUCCCAACCAUUACGCAGGAUUAUGUAAAAAAUACAUCAUACUCUACAUAAUAAGAAUGAAACUUAUUAAAACUCAUCAAGCUAACCAAGCCAGUACUAUUGACUCUAUUCGAGAAACGUAAUUGGUAAUGGAAAGGAGCAUUUUGAAUAUUUAAUAUUUUCGAAUGCAAGGAAUUCUUGCCGCAGCCAUCAAGAAUAAAGUUAAGCUGGGAGUGUCACUGUAACAAGAAGAUUGAAGUGGAAAUAUGCAGGACAUAUUUCAAGACAAGAUGAAAGAUGGACGAAGAAGAUCUCUAUGGAUGGGAGCCAACAUGGAGAAAGAGGAACGUCAACAGGCCAAUGAUGAGGGGGAAGGACGACAUCGUCAGAAUGGCUGAAGCGAAUUGGAUGGUAGCUGCCAGAGAUCGUCAGACGUGGCACAAACUGAGAGAGAACUAUGCUCGGUGACGGGAUCAAUUUCCAAAACAUUAAUGGACAUUAUAAGAAACAGACUGUUGAAAAAUUUUACUAUCACAUUUUUUGUUUGAGUUGUAAAUCAUAUUAAUUUUAUAAUUAUGUUUUUUGAGCAUUGAUGAUUUAGUCUGCGACCAGCAGUGGUCGAGGUAGGGUCGAUGAGAGUUAUCUAAUCAGCAACUAGCUCGUUCUGCCGACCGGCGUGUCUUUUUCUGUUCAGUGAAUCUGUCGUGUUCUGUUGAAUUCAGUAAUGGGAAUCUUUUAAUGCGUUUUGAACUUUCAUUCCCUACAUUAUUAGAUUGAAUUUCUUGAGUGAGUUUUUUUCUCUAUUAUUCCAUUCAGCUAUGGCCAAGUGCAGUGCGUGUUCGGACUCAAACGUGGAAGACAUGAUACAGUGUUCUGUUUGUUCUAAUUCUUUUCAUGCUACCUGUACGCGAUUGGGUGAUUUAGAAAAAUUCAAAAAAAUGAGUGCUGCUACCAAAAGCUCUUGGAAAUGCGAUACCUGCGUCCAAAGUAAAAAUAAAACUCUUGGAGAGGAUGGCUCACGCUUUCGUCCGUGGGCCGAUGACGUUCAGGACUUCUACAAGAUCCGCGACUCAUGUUUGGCCAGCGGUCAGUUGUUCGAGGACUCGCAGUUCGAUGCGGUCGAAUCGUCGCUCUCUUCCAGCAAAUCGCCCAGUAUUAGCAAAUCGUUCGAUGUCAAAUCUAUCAAGUGGAAAAGGCCCACGGAAAUUGUCAAUGGUCCACAAUUUUUCGUGAAAGGGGCCACUAGAUUUGAUGUUCAACAAGGAAAACUUGGUGAUUGCUGGCUGUUGGCGGCCGUAGCGAACCUGACAUCGCACGAGCACCUAUUCCAGCAAGUCGUGCCCAACGAUCAGAGCUUCCAAGACAACUAUGCGGGCAUUUUCCAUUUCAGGUUUUGGCAGUACGGUGAGUGGGUGGACGUGGUAAUAGAUGAUCGCCUGCCAACUUACUAUGGAGAGCUUGUCUUCCUGCAUUCCAAACAACAGAACGAAUUCUGGAGCGCUCUGCUAGAGAAGGCUUAUGCCAAACUAUAUGGCUCUUACGAAGCGCUGAAAGGCGGUAGUGCUUCCGAAGCCUUGGAGGAUUUCACUGGCGGCGUCACAGAGUUUUACAACUUGAGGGACAAAACACCGUCCAACCUGUUCAAAAUAAUGGAAAAAGCACAUGAAAGGUCAUCUUUGAUGGGAUGCUCAAUUUAUCCUGAUCCGAAUGCAUGGGAAGCUCGAACAUCAGAAGGCCUGGUUAGGGGACAUGCCUACAGUAUCACUGAGGUAAAGUUGGUAGACAUUACCACCCCAACUAAAACCGGCAAAAUCCCUCUACUAAGGAUAAGAAAUCCCUGGGGUGAUGGAGUCGAAUGGAAUGGAGUAUGGAGUGACAAAUCACCGGAAUGGCAGUAUAUUCCGGAGACUGCGAAGCAGGAGAUGGGGCUGACGUUCUCGUAUGACGGCGAGUUCUGGAUGUCGUACCGGGAUUUCACUCAGCGCUUCGACCAACUGGAUAUCUGCAAUCUGAGCCCGGACUCUCUGCUUGAGAAUAUGCUGACUAAGCACGACAAGAAGAAGUGGGAGAUGAGUGUGUUCGAGGGAGAGUGGGUGAGGGGAGCAACAGCUGGUGGUUGCAGAGUCAAUCCGGAAACGUUCUGGCACAAUCCUCAAUACAUCAUCACUCUGACUGAUCCUGAUGAGAAGGACGAGGAAGACAAGUGUACUGUCCUUGUUGCUCUCAUGCAGAAGAACAGGCGCAAAAUGGGUGCUGAGAGUCUACACAUUGGUUUUGCCGUGUACCAUAUGGAAGACGCAAAUAACCUUCCGAAACCGCUGGACCUGAACUUCUUCAAGUACAACGCGUGUGUGGCGGAAACUCAAUUCAUCAAACAGCGUGAGGUGACGGCUCGCUUUAAGCUGCCACCCGGUGUCUAUUGCAUCGUGCCCUCCACAUUCGAUCCGAACGAGGAGGGCGAGUUCCUACUACGCGUCUUCUCCGAGACCAAGAAUUACAUGUUUAGUUUCUCUAAAGGAAGAUGACAUAUUGAUCACUGAUGAUAAAUGGACAGUCGUAGUUGGCAUACCUGUACAAGAAUUUAAUAUUGUAGUUUCUUCAGCCAAAGAUGCUAUUCGAAUGUUAGAUUCUAAAGCUGAAAAAGAAGCUAAUGUUACAGCAGAAAACUCUAAUCAAAUUGGAGCUCAAAACACGGACAAUGUUGAGACACAAGCAUCAAUAAGGCCUAAACGCGAACGACGUUUGCCUUCACGUCUAAAUGAUUAUGACAUUAAUUAUUAAUAAUAAUUUCGCAACUAGUUGAUGGAUUAAGCACCCUACACAUUUUCAGAUCAAACUUCAGACAGUCUGGGUCUGAUCUUGUACAAUUACAAAGUAAUUGUACAUAAUUUCUUAUUAAAGUAUUACCUUCAUAGCAACAACCCAGAUGAUAUAAUAUAAUUUCUAGAAAAAUAAAUAGUAGAAUUUAGUUUGUAAAGAUAUUCCUUCUUUAUUUUAGGAAUCCUAUUCUUGUCUCUUGAGAUAAUACGAAGUGGAAAUCAGUCGAGUGAAGAAGAACAUUGUUGUUUGAAAUCCGGUUUAGUUUUUUUAAAGGAAGAUGACAAUCAUAUUGAUCACUGAUGAUAAAUGGUCAGUCGUAGUUAGCAUAGAUGUACAAGAAUUUAAUAUUGUAGUUUCUUCAGCUAAAGAUGCUAUUCGAAUGUUAGAUUCUAAAGCUGAAAAAGAAGCUAACACGUACACUAUGCUAAUGUAUGUUAUGGUUUUUCUAAAAUAAAGUAAAAAAAGAAUUCAACGGAUAGUUAACCAGCUUAGUAGCGAAAUAGCAUCGUUUGAAUAAUGAAUGUUACUUAGAACGGAUUUCAAACACGUGAAUCAUGAUCAUUUAAUUGAAAUUAAUGGGAAGAUAGUCAAUGUUGAAAAGCAGUCACAAAUCGUAACUAACCUGGUAGAAGAUCAAUUGCAAUUAUACAUACUCUUUAUAAGGACUGUGUAGAAUUUUAUAAUCACGUUAAUUGAUGUUAAAUAAACUCUAUAAAAAAGAAUUGAAGACAACUUGAUGAAGUUU